AUGUUAGUUUCCUGGAAUGUUAGAGGGUUGAAUAAAUCGGGUAAACUUAGGGAGAUUAGCUUCCGUCUCCUAACGUUAAAACCUGAGAUCAUCGUGUUGAUUGAGACAAGAGUAAAGCUGCCUAAAGCAAAUUCUGCUAGGAAUAAUUUGAAAAUGCAGAGGAAGUUUAUUGAUAAUUACAGCCACCAUGAGAAUGGUAGGAUUUGGAUUAACUAG